AUGACAACGAUAACUGUCACCGCUAACACUUUCGGAGAAGAGGAGGAAGACGACGAACAGGUGGAGCAACAGGAACCGGAACAACUUGUGCUCCGUCUCAGAGCACCUCAACCACCGCCGAGUCCGCCGCAUGUCACGUGGGCAGCUGAUGUUGUUGACAACGAACACAUGGGACGUCUGAAAUCCAACUGCUGUUGUAUCUACGUGCCACCCCGUCGCUGGGAUGAUCCUUCGACUUGGGAACCAGAUGAGCACGAGACAGAACAUUGUAGAGGACACACUCUUCCGGAGAAGAAGAAGAAGAAUUCAAGUGGAGGUGGAGAUGAGGAUAAGGAAGAUGAAGGAGAGGAGAAGAAGAAAGAGGAAGGAGGAUGUGGAUGUGAUCACUGCUGA